CAUUGAGCCAUUGAGUACCAAGCCGAUAUGAUUUACCAGCGAAUUGUAUCGGCAUACUUUCGCGCUCAAUAGUGUAUAUUUAUCUUUUAGACCUAAUAAAAAGGAUAGUAGAAGGAACAUAGAAUAUAUUGAAGAAUUACGAAAUUAAGAAUUGAAUUUAUAUCGGCUAAAAGGCCCACUGCUUAAUGGGCGUGUUCUCCAUGGAGGAGAUUGAGGGAGAUCCUUUGGAUCAACGUACCGUGUUUGAAUCUAAGUACGGUGGUCAAUCAACAUAUGGAAAAGCUGCCGGACACGUUAUAAGCGGGCAUUCUAGAUCCGCUUCUUGGCCUGCUGCUCGGCCUUCUAUAGUGGAAACUGAGAGCAAUAAAAAUCGGCCUGCAUCCCCAGUUGAAGGUCUUAAACGUUUGGUUAUUUGGCAAGCAUGUGCAGGACUCAAGUGGGCAGUGAGAAAAGUAUGUUCCCGGCCUAUUCGUCAGGAUUCAUCCCGGCCAUCAGCCUACCUUGUUAAUACGGCUUUGUCAGCUUUGCCUUUUCUUCUUUUUCUGACAGUAUAUGGAAAUUUUGUGAAACUUCGUCAUUUUCUAGGAAUAACUGAUGAUGACGUUUACGUUUUCACCAUUAGCCGAAUUGAAGAAGCGAUUUUUACUGUUCAACCUCAUCGAAUUGUAUCUAGUUUACACUGUUCUGUAUUAGAUGUCUUAGCAGCUCUUCCUUAUUUAUUACAUUACGCUUGGCCUGUUCUCUAUCCGAUAUAUGCCUUUCUCACGAAUCGGCCAGAAAAUGCAGGAAGAUUUUUACAGUUGCUUGCACUAGUUAUGUGGCUACAUAUGGUCGUUUGGUUAUGCAUGCCGACAGCUCCUCCAUGGUUUGUAGACUCUCUCGGAAAUGACGUAGACUUACGAAGCGCAGUUGCUGCAGCUAAACCUAGUGAAGGAGCUGCUUUCGCCCGCGUUGAUAAACUCUUUCACGCUCAUCUCUUUCAUAAUAUGUAUAGUGGUAAUCCUUGUAUAUUUGGAUCGUUUCCGUCAGGUCACGUUGCUUGGCCCUUUGCCGUAUAUUUAACUGGACCUCCAGGAGGCAACUAUUUCCUGAUAUACAUUGUAUGGAUUAUCUGGGCAAGCAUGUACUCAAUUCAUCAUUAUUUAUUAGAUGGUCUUGUAGCUAUUAUCAUAGUUACAUUUAGCUGGAAAGUUUUACAAUAUCUUAGACCGUCGGCUAAUGGUCAACGUGAUGGUCAAAGAGCAAACUUCCAUUGCCCUCUUCACAUCGUCUAA